CGGGAAACGCCGCAGGGCCUGGCGGGACUCGCGGGCUCCCCACACGGAGAGAGGGGAGGGUUCACCGUUCUCUGCCGGCUGCCUCUUCUCCUCUUGGAAAAGAAAGGGGAAUUUUGCAUUUCUCGGGCUCUCCCCCCUUCGUCGUGACCUUGGGAGGCCGAAGCAGCGCGUCUGUGGGUGUUGAACAACUUCCUCGCGGGGAGGGAGCUCUCAGCUCCCGAGACAGCCAUUGUUUAUUUCUAACUGCGGGAGGCGAAGCUCCUUAUCACAAAGGUUUCAAAUUAGAGCAGUUUCACAAGCUUGAGCCGCGGGGUUGGGCAUGAAGGACUUGUAGAUUGUGCCAAGAGUGGACCUCAUCUGGUAAAACCCUUCCAGAAAGUCCCUCGACUGAUGUUAUUUUCAGAGUAUUUGCUUUCUGAUGAGCAAUGAUGAGAGGAUGCUCAUCAAAGCUAUUAGCUUUGUCCUGUGAAGGCUGUGAGAACUGCUCAUAAAAUUUGGCUUUUUUUAAAAAAAUGGUUUUUUUAAGUUGUCUCAGAUUUAGUGCCUCAACACUGCUAUUUCUAUUUUCGUGUUCUCUCCCUUAUUUUUUGUAAGAAAGAGAUGUUGUAGUUGAUUGUUAGCACUGCUCCCACUGCUGUUGUACCGCAUGUGCAUUUGAUUCCUCGUGUCCAGUCGCCAGGGUAGCAGACACAAAAACAAAUCAGAUGAGAUUUGCAGUAGUUUUUGGGGAUCCUUGAGAACAAAAGGUCCCAGAGAAGCACAUUGUUUUCUUGAGAACAUAAUUUAUCAGUCUAGUCAAAAGCAGUGUGGGAGUUGAGGUUUUUUUAUUUAAAAAUCCACUUUCUGCAAAUUUAGAGGAGCUUGUGAUAUUGUAAAGAUGUUAAACAGUGUGACAACCUUUCAGUCAAACUAGGCUUUAUUUAUUUAUCCAUUUCACCUCCCUCUUUUAAUAAGAGGGCAUCCCUUUGUGGAUUUAAUUUAAUUAAUUUGUGGGGUUGGAAUUGCCAGAACCUGUAGUCCUGGGUCAUAGCUGAGCCUUUUGGAGCCUUCCUGCCCAGGGAACAUGGAAGACAGCUUUGACUCUGUAUUUCUUUUGGAUGGAGCAGAUGCAUUCAUAUUAAUUAGUUAUAUUUUGAACUUAUGAGCAUUCUGGUGUUGCCACAAUAUAAAUUUCAUUGCUUCAAAGGAACAUUACAGCAGAAUUACAUAAGUAUGUCCUAAAUAACAGCCUCUAAACCAAAUGUCUUUUAUUUAGCUUUUUGAUGUGAAUUUUCAUGUUUGCUGUUUCCUCUGUCAGAGUUUCUUUCCUCUGUUAAGUCAGCUCCCAGUUUCUGAGUGUAAGAUAUUUGACAGUAUAUCCAAGGGGAGAGAAGCAUCUAGUGGUGCUGGUUCUGAGCAUAAGGAGCUUUGAGACUGGCUCAUUUCUCAGGAGCAGGAAUCAUCAUUUCAACAGCUGAUGGACUUAGAGCUCCUGAAGAGGCUGCGCCAGGUCAACCAGGACCUUCUACAAAGGCUGAAAAUGAAGCAGGAAGAGAUCAGAAAGAGAAUUCCCAGCAAGCAACUCCUUCCAGCAUCUCUUCAUAGCAGUACAGCUGCUGACAGAUGUGUCCCCUUGCCCAGGAGAGUGAAGGAAAAUCAGGUUGAUGCAGUAAAGUCUGCAGCUGAUCCUGGAAUAAUGGUGAUUGUGGAACCCAGAGCUGGCCCCAGUUCAUCUCUUAAACACACCAGCAGUGACAGAGGGCUACAGCAACAGCAAACAAGGACACAGGAAGGAGCAGGUUUUGAUUCCAGCUUUCCUGGGAAAGAGAAGAAUGUUACACCAGUGCCUACAAUCGUUAUGUGUGGCAGAGAAAUCUCCAGAGUAGAUGGGGAUGGCCGUGCUCAAGGAAGACCAGAGAAAGAAUCCUCCUUCCUGGGACCUGGAGAGAACAGAGAACAGUCUGCUCUGCCACAUGGUUCCCAUGAGAAGACUCAUCCAGGGCCAUCACUGAGCAGAGAGCAAAAUAAAGAGAGCAGUGGGCAGCACGUGGUCAUUGGAGAGCCCCAUGUCCCUACAUCAGUCCUGCUGACAUCUCAGUCCAGAGAGUUGAAGAAGGAAGCUUCUCAUGUGACUUCACAGCCUGACCCUGAAGAAGAUACCAUAAGUGUCAGCAGCUGCUCUGCCCAUCCUUUCCUGGGCUAUGACUGGAUUGCAGGGCUCCUUGAUAUAAAGUCUUCAGUCACAGAAGAAUCUGAGCAAUACUUCACUGAGCUGCAGGAGUUCAGACAGUCCAACAGAGAAAGCUGUGUUCAUCAGCAGGACCUGGAGCCCAAGGCUCUGGAUUGCACAGGUCCUGAACAGGAACUGGAUUUGAUAACUGGUUCUCAUAAGUGUGUUUACUGUUACCGGUUAAACCAGCGCCUCUUCACCAUCCCUGUGGAUUCAGAAUCUGCCUGCCAUGUGUGUAAGAUGCCACGUACCCACCAGCCCUCAGGGACACUGGAAGAGCCAACCCAUGUCAGGGUCAGCAUUCCCAGGUCUGCCCUCUUGCCAGCCUACAAGUACAAAGCCCAUCGCAGGAGGAGCUUUGAGCCGGCCGAUGAUCUAGCGCUGCCUUCGCAUUGCUUGGCUGGCUGGGAAAAUAUGGUCCCUUCCAGCAACGCCCUGCUCAGCAGUUUGGAUCUGCGAGCCUCACUGGAAGAGAAGCCUUCUCCCUGUCCUGUGGGCUCAUUGUCCAGGGUGUCAGGAGAAGCCAGAACUGACAAGUUUCUACACCUGCCUCACUUGGCACACCCGAGGUUUAGCAGAGCAAACCAGGACCAAAGACAGCAGCUCUCAGUUCAGAGCCCAUUCCCUCAACACUCUGGACCACUGACUUGAUUGCCUUGGGAAAGGGAUGGGCACAGCACAUGGAAACAGCUGAGAAACAAAGAUAUUUGGAUAAAAAUAAAUCUUUGGAUGGAUUUUCCCCGGUUUUCAUAGUCAUGCAGUGAGCAGAUAAUAUACAGAUCUGAGUUUGUACAGUCCACUGUGUUCACUUUGCAUUUUUUGCCUUUUACAGCUACUUCUGAGCAGCUGCCUGAGCUGUCCCAGCUAGGGCUGGAUAAAGUCGUGUCCAGGAUCAGUAGUGCAUCUCCCACCUCAACUGAGUAACCAGCAGUGUAGCAUUAACUCUGAAUUAAUGGUGAGGAAUUGGCCUGUGAAGGUCCUGGCUCAGUGCAGUGACACAAAUAUGUUUAUUUCCAAGUAUUUGAAACAUAACACACAAUUUUCUAGUGCCUUAAACUUGAGUUCUUCAAUAAUUUGUAAAAAUUUUUAAAGUCCAGUUUAUUCUCAGUGCAAUGUGUGUAGCUACAGAGUGUGUUACUUCAGAGUAACUUGGAAUGUGAAAAAACACCUUAAAGUAAAAUGAGAUUUUAUUCAUCAAUGAGCUAGAUAAUGCCUUAAAAUCUUUGCAAAUUUUGCUUGCCUCUAUUUUUCCAAGUUUCCUGGAGAUAAACCAAAAAAGCAUUUUAGAAUUUUUAAAUUGUACCAAACUAAACUACUUCAUAUAGAAUGUGAUUUGUUUGAACUUUAUAGACCAAUCUUAUUUUUCUUGUCUGGAAACAAUAAAACUGAUGUUUUGUUUUACUUUGAAUUUUCUGAAAC